CAACCCCAUGUUGGAAAUAGAUGCGGCCGUUCGGCGCUGACACAAAAGGAGGAAAAACACAAUAGGGAGGGAUAGAAAAUACCACACGAGGACGUAUCAGGAACGGGCGAGUGCUGGUGGAUCAAGUGCGCUCAAGGAAUGUGACAGUUUUUUUUUGAAAAAAAUAUAAAUCGUCUCAUAAUUGUUCCCCAUCGCGGAGGGGAUCUGAUCUCUCACACACGCCGCAGCCGCCCGAUUUUAUGGACGCUUGAAGUGAGCGGCCCCGAGGCGGGUGGCACUAACUGGACAGGAGCCUGGGGGUUGCUGUGGCCCCGAGCUCGCCUACACGACACCCCCUCCCACCCCUCCGAUCGAGAGGCGGAGAGGACGCCGGCCGGUGGUGGGUGGGGGGCCGCCCGAUCGUUUGUUGCCGCUCGCCCUCCGAUCGCGGGCUGCUGCUGCUGCUGCUGCUUAACGCCACUUUUGCGAGGUGACCAGGCGCCAGGUUGACGCGAUCGGAAGGGAUAUGUCCUCGCCUACCGUCACCACCCCAACGGAGAAAGUAGAUGGAUUCACCCGCAAGUCCGUUCGGAAGACCAAGCAGAAGCGCUCGCAGAGCUCCUCGCAGUACAGGAUCCAGGGUAAAGCCGUCGACUUGAACCCCCUGCCUCUACUCAAAGAUGUUUCAACAAUGGAGAAAGUCACGCUCUUUCAGAAGAAAUUACAGCAGUGUUGUGUCGUAUUUGAUUUCAUGGAUUCAUUAGCAGACCUUAAAAUGAAGGAAUAUAAGCGCUCAACCCUUAGUGAAUUGGUAGACUUUGUUGCUGUGGGUCGCGGAAUCUUGACGGAACAAACAUAUCCUGAAAUAGUUAAAAUGGUUUCUUUAAAUAUUUUUAGGACACUUCCACCUUCAGAUACUUCAGAGUUUGACCCAGAAGAAGAUGAACCAACACUGGAGGCAUCCUGGCCUCAUUUACAGCUUAUAUAUGAAUUCUUCAUUCGAUUUUUAGAGAGUCAAGAAUUCCAGCCCAGCAUUGCCAAAAAAUAUGUAGAUCAGAAAUUUAUAUUGCAGCUUUUGGAGCUGUUCAACAGUGAAGAUCCUCGGGAGCGAGACUAUCUGAAGACUGUCUUGCACAGAAUUUAUGGAAAGUUUCUUGGACUUAGGGCAUUUAUUCGAAAACAAAUUAACAAUAUUUUUCUACAAUUUGUUUAUGAAACAGAACAUUUUAAUGGUGUAGCUGAGCUUCUGGAAAUAUUAGGAAGUAUAAUAAAUGGGUUUGCAUUGCCUCUUAAGGCUGAACACAAGCAAUUUCUGAUCAAGGUGCUGCUGCCUUUACAUACUGUGAGGAGUUUAUCACUUUUCCAUGCACAGUUGGCAUAUUGCAUUGUACAGUUUCUUGAAAAAGAUCCAACAUUAACUGAACCGGUCGUCAGGGGUUUACUAAAGUUUUGGCCAAAAACAUGCAGUCAGAAAGAGGUCAUGUUUCUUGGGGAAAUGGAGGAAAUCCUGGAUGUUAUUGAGCCUACACAGUUUGUAAAAAUUCAGGACCCACUCUUCAAGCAAAUUUCUAGAUGUGUUUCUAGUCCUCAUUUCCAGGUGGCCGAGAGGGCACUCUAUUACUGGAACAAUGAAUACAUUAUGAGUUUGAUAGAAGAAAAUUCAGCUGUAAUCCUCCCCAUCAUGUUUCCCAGCCUCUAUAGAAUCUCCAAAGAACACUGGAACCCGGCAAUUGUAGCUUUAGUCUACAAUGUAUUGAAGGCUUUUAUGGAAAUGAAUGGCCCCUUGUUUGAUGAGCUGACGGCAACCUACAAGUCAGAUCGGCAAAAAGAAAAGAAAAAGGAAAAGGAGCGGGAAGAACUUUGGAAAAAAUUGGGUGCUCUUGAAAUAAAGAAAGGUGUGAAAAAAGGGAUUUCAUCUUAAAGAAGCAUGGUACCAAUAUUCCAUGGUAUACAUUUAUGUAGUAAGAAAUGGAUCAAUGGUCUUUUGUAUUGUGCUACUUUACAGUAGAUUUCACAUCUGUUUCAUUAUGAAUGACAGUUCUGUAACAGUACUGUAUAUAACUUUUCUCAUGUUUAAA